AGUCCGAGAGGAGGGAUGUGGGCGCGGGCGGCGCGGCGGGUGCUCCGGGCCCCGGGGGGCGGGGGCCGGGGCUUCGCUUCCAAGGCCGGAGGCGGGGGUGUCUCCGCGGGGGGCGAGGCGGCGCCCCAGGAAAGGGGGCGCGUCCCCGGCGACGUGAUCGAGCACCUGGAGCGGCUGGCGCUGGUGGACUUCGGCAGCCGGGAGGCCGUGGCGCGGCUGGAGAAGGCCGUCGCCUUUGCAGACCGGCUGCGCGCCGUGGACACGGACGGGGUGCAGCCCAUGGAGUCGGUGCUGGAGGACAGAUGUCUAUACCUGAGACCCGACAACGUGGUAGAAGGCAACUGUGCUGAAGAACUACUGCAGAACGCCCAUCGAGUUAUGGAGGAGUAUUUUGUGGCUCCCCCAGGUAAUAUCACUUUGCCAAAGCUGGAUGAACAAGAGCUCUUCUCAAAGAGCUGAAGAGCUGUCUGGGAAGGGUACCCUCUGAACACAUGGAAGCACGAUAGUAUUUUGUUGUUAAGAAUACUAAAGUGCCACUUCCCUCAGUAACCGGGGAAAAAUCGAUGAUUAAGUAUUUUUCUUAAUAACUAACUCUUCUGAAGAUGGAACUGGGAAAGAUUUAACCAAAACAAGGCAAUGUGUUCCUGAAGCUAAUGGAAGUAAAAGGUAUUGUCAAUUUCCAAUGAAAUGUUCACUUUGGAAGAUAUCUCCCUUUAUCUCCUCCCAAAAUUAUCUACCCAACUGCACUUAAGUGAAUUUUUUUUAUAUAACCUGUUAGACAUUGCAUCUGA